GGUCUAAAAAUAGGUGUUGUCCGAACACCUCAAAUUGGUUAGGUUUAGAUUUCUGUUUGCGUGAUAGUUAAUUUAAUCAGUAAUUGGGAAAAACCCAAUUCAGUAACCGCAAAAUACAGCUGCAGGCUGAGCAGAUUAUUCAAUAUCGGGACUACAGAUGGCGCAAAAGUCUUCGUUAUCAGCAAGGUGAACGGCUGAACGCUUGCGGGCUCUCACAUACUGACGUGAAACUUCGGGCAAGUUGCUUCGGGACUAGAGUUGGAUAACGGAACUGUUGUAGGUGUGUUUUGGAGUUCAUCUCGCAUUCUCGCAUUCUCGCAGUUUCACUUUCAUCAUUCGUUUGAGAGAGUCUAGAGUGAUUUCAUGUCGAAAUUAACAGCAUCCGAGUGUAAGAGCGAAUUUAAAAAUAACGUGAUUGCUAUUAUAUUAUGGUGAUGUGUUAGGAAAAAAGUGUCAUCUACCCCAAAAUAACAAAAUCAACUUCAUCUAUCAUCUGUGGUGUUAUUAAACGGUGACGGAUGGGGAAUACCGGAAAAAUCAUACUUGUCUUUUUCGUGAUUGUCCUUGUGGUGCUGGUUAUCGUCAUUGCUUCUGUGUAUCCGAGCGAGCAAGAUCCAAAAAUAUGGAACUCUACACAAGAAAACGACACAGAGGAUUUGUCGAUGGGUGCUAUUGGACUAGCACCGAAUCGUGGCAACGCGAAUACUGGCUUUGACAAAACCGGAAAACUGAAGCCAAAAUGGGGAUAACCCGGAGUUUCUUGAUUUCGUCACGCUACCAUAGACGUCAUACAUCCAAAACCGUGUUAACACUACACUGCUCAGUGCUGCUAAACUGCUCAUCUGUUUCGCAAUAGAUUCACAGUGGAUUUCUAUAUUCCAAAAAUUAUUUAAAUGAAAUUAAACCAUUAAACACGUUGUUUUUGUAGUUGAAAUUCCUGUAUGUCAACAUUUUUCGAAUAUUUGUGAAUAUUAAUUUCGUUCUUGAAAAUGCGUCAUCUGUAAAUAUAUGGCAACGCUUUCUCUUGUUGUUUGAAUUUUAACUCUCCUUAAAGUCGUCUGUCUUACAGUGUCUUUUGCUCUUGUAUUUUACUCACGUUGGUCCCAAUUUAUUUGAUUGUACAAAUCGUGAAUUAUAUCAGAGAAAUGUUUCCAGAUUAUUCAAAUGACAGCUUCACUGAACAAUCAAAUGAAGUUGCUCCAAAGAGAGAUGUUAAUAUUCCACAGUUGAUGUGCAUGGGAAAGGUCAGUUUUGCUGAGGAUGUCUUCCAUUCAGCUGGUUAUGUUUGCAGCAGAGAGUUUGACUAUGUGCUCAACAAUCGGGAUCCUUUUUAUUCUUUACAUACAGAAGAGAAUGUGCUGCUGUUCAACAAGUGCUUCAUUUUUGAAGAAGCCUUUUUUAAUGAUCAAGAAUUACUUUUUACUCUAUUAAAAACUACAUACUCAAAGAUUGAGCUUGCAGCCAAAGCAAAUCAGGUUCACACUACAGGCACAUCUCCCACAGUUAUGAGACAAAAUGCUGUGAAUUUUAUGUCUUAUUUGAGAGUUUAUACAUACAGGUUUUUAUCAGAAUUUGGGAAAGAUGAUGAGCUUGAAGUUCUCUAUGAAAAGCUAACUGAAAUUAUUGAACAAACAUGUUUAUGGUUGACUUGUGUAAGUGACAUGCCAAGUAUAGUAUUCAGCAGUGGAUCACUGAACAACAAUUCACCAAUAGCUGUUCUGUUCCACACUUAUUUUGACAUCAAAUGGUCUCUUCUUGAGAUAGCCUACAUGGCCACCAACCUGAGAAAGUACAAUGAAAAUUCAAGAAAAUCUAGAGAAAAAUUCAUGGUGAUAUUGCAGCAGCUUGAAGAAAGCUUGUGUGGUGAUCUGUUAUAUCUGGCCAUCCGCAAAUUUCCUGAAGUAUCCCCGAAUGAUUGGUCAGGAACAAGUCCUUUCAAUUGCACUUGUAUACGGGAGUUGUGGUUCAUGCUAUUGGUCAUUUUGAAAAGUGAAAACUCAGUUUACAACUUUAUCCUGAAACAGUACACCAACCUACUAGAGAACCCCAGUCCUGCAGGAUUUUUUCAAAAUUUUAGUGAUACUAAAAGGCUCAAAAUGCCGUCCAAAGAUCCGUUGGCGCUUGCGUGGCUGUUCACUCACCUUUCUCGACUCGGUGGAUUCAGUCAAAUAGGAAAUUGGGAUAGGAACUUUUCUCGAAUUGAAUCCAAUUUCGAUGUUAUCAACAAAUUGGUCCAGUUGUACUUAAUGGGCACGGACGCAAUCGUUAAUGAAGAGCGCACAAAAGGACUUGUGGGCUGUUUGUAUUCCCUUUCACAAAUCUGGGGUUCUAAUCUAAACUUGUGCAUCAUUCUUUGGGAGUACUUCAACAAGAAAUUGGAUGAUAGUUUCACUACUACAUCUUCUGCCUUUGAACAAUUACCUUAUUCCUCAAGUCUUUCCUGGUACGAAACUUUAACCUCGAACGUAGAACCGUGGAAAAGUCUGACCACUCGACACAACAGUUACUUUAUUUUCCUUCGGUUAUUGGGACAUCAUAUGGAGUUACUGAAUACCAAAAGCCAAGCUUCGUUAAAAGCUAGACUUUAUGUGAAACUCCAAGGCAAGAAAAUCCAGGAACUGAGUUUAUUGGGUCUUUAUCACAUGAUUAGCGCCUGUUUGACGAUUGUUCUCACCAGUGAAUCUUCAGAUGACAUGUGUUCCAAAAUCCUGGAGAUGUCAGCCAAUCACAAACAGAAAUUCAUUUUUUUCGUGGCCGAAAUGGUUAUGCUCUUGAUUUGUGUAAGUCGUGGGCGUGAUUGCCAACAAGUGGCCACGUCAAUUUCAUCCCAAAUGGAGAAAGUAUCACGCAGUCUGAAAGACGGUGAUCUCAAAGUGCGCGAAGAGCAGCGCAAAUACAGUGCGGUUUUUAUCGAAAAUUUCCAAGAAGUAAUUUUUCAGAGCAAGAAUUUCUCCCUCGGGCAGAAAAUUUUAAUAGAUAAACCCCUUCGAAGUUAUUUGAAAAGCUGCGGCAACUGCGAUCGAUCUGUUAUUCUCGACUCACUUUCCAACAUGUUUAAGAAGCUUCGUAACACUCCCGAUAAUUGCGAAGAAAUCUACGCUGCCGUGAUGACCCACGUUUAUCCUUUGAUGAAGGAGAAAUUCGCAUCGAUUGAGCACAUAUCUUUUUUUGUCGAACUCACAACUGUCGCACUCGACACCAGCAGGCCGGAAUUUCAAAGCAUUUUCACUUUUCUGUGCCUCGAUGACAAAGUGAAUCCGAGGUUGAGUUUGAAAUACUUGUCGCAGCUGUUGGAAACGAGGCAGUUUCUCGUCAAUCUCUCUUUUUCCGUGGACAAUUAUCAAACAGUCCUUAUACAAAGCUGGUUUCGGAUCUCGUUUCUUCUUCCGACAGUUGCCGAAUGGACCGAUGAUUUCGAUCGCCUUAAUAGCAUUGUGAAACGCCUUCCACGAAUGGCUGAACUGACUAUUCAGUCUAAUAUUCAGUUCAAUGGUACCGAAAUGAUCCUGGAAUUCUUGAUGAUGAUUUCAGCGAACCAUCAAAAUAUUCAGAAUUACAGUGAGCGGGCUAUUGUCAAAGAGACUUAUCUCCAGUACAUCGGACCGCUGGAUAAAUACCUGAAUUCUGGGUUUACUGGGGGUUUUUGGGAAGCAACCGAUCAAGUCGGUCACAUAUUGCGCCUUGGGGGACAAAUUUACUUUCACGGCGGCAAUAUCAUCUACACGAAAGGCAAAGUUGAUUGCCUAUUGGCCCAGCUGAACAACGUCCUGUUAAUUCCUAUCAAUUUCUCCGAUGUAAACAAAGAGCUCCCCGCUGCGGCCAUUUCCCCACUACAACAAUACCUCCCAUCAUACAUUUUUGGACUAUUCCGGCUCAACCCGUCUCGAGAUCCGUACGUGAUGCGGUGCCUCAGCACAGUCUUUCAAACUUAUAUGACUCGGUUUCCGCCCAAUCAUUCUCAUCCAUUCACGCGAUGCUGGAUUGGCCUGGAAAGUGAACCCAUUUCCAACACUCUGGUGCCAAUCGUGAGGUCCUGGUUCCUGCAGACCAUUGCCAGCAGUGUUCUACCCCAGAAAGCGGCUAAAACGUCACCGUAUUUACAACCGACUCUCCAUUGGUUAAAAUUCUUGAUCACCAACAAAGACUGGAAAUUGGAAAUUCUCAAAUCGAUUUUACUGCCGAUCUUCGAACUCUCGUUAAUUCUUGAUGAGAUCGUCGGAAAGAAGACCGUCACGGAUUUCUUGCAAUCUGCGGUUUCUUCUCCCAAUGCCGAACAGACGGCGGUGAUGGAGCAAGCAUUGAACGAGUUCGUGGGGCGCCAUUUGGCAUUCAAUUCCAGCAGGCUGUUCAAAUUAAUGGAGGUCAUUUCCUUCCUCAAUGCAGAUUUGGUUAGGCGAACACUUCCCAAACUCAGGGAGCAGGUGGCCGUCACUGAAUUGAAGCGCGGAAUAGGUGCCGAUUCCGUUCUCAGACAACUUCUUGGAACAUUGGAACUAUCUUUGGGUCAGUCACGAUCCAAUUGAUUGAUCCUCCUUUUCAGCAACAGGUUCAGGUUGAGGUGAAAGUAUCCGUCCUGGAGCCAGUGACUGUAUCUACCUGUACGCAACCACCUGUCUUGGACGGUCGGAAUAAUUUAAACAUCUCCAUUUUUGAGCGGAUCGAAUCGAGUUUGAGAUGAUCGAUAAAAGGGCGAACACAAUCUGAGCAAACAAUGAUUCCGAUUCUGUGCUCGCUUUUAGUGUUGAACCAGGAACGAAUAAAUAGAAAGCUCGUUUGAAUGAAGAAAGAAAAACAACAAAAAAAAAUGAAAGAAACCAACAAGAAAAUUACCACCUGCAGUUUUUUAUUCGUCGAUCACAUUAUUCUGCGCCCUAGGAUUUUUUUU